AUGGUGAACGACUCGAUGAGCAGCCCCAACAUGGCCGCCAACCAUUCUCUAUUCGAUACCAGCCUUCCGCCGCUGCCAGACUAUGAGCUCACUCUGCAGUCCGACAUGCUACUUUUCAUAUCGGACUUCUGGCUCAAUCUCAUCGCACCCAUCAUUGUGUACUGGACCAUGUCCAUGAUGUUCCACCUCGUCGAUACCCUAGACCUCUUCCCACAAUAUCGCCUCCAUACGCCAGAGGAAAUAACAAAGAGGAAUCACGUCUCGCGAUACGAGGUCUUGCGCGAUGUCAUCAUUCAACACAUCAUCCAGGUUUUGGGCGGCGCUGUGCUCUCGUUGACUGAGCCGCCUGAGAUGACCGGCAAGGAUGAGUACAACGUUGCCGUCUGGGCGACCCGCCUGAGGCUGUCUCAGCGCAUCCUGCCUGGCCUUCUGAGUCUCGUUGGACUCAAUGCGACGGCAAUCUCCAAGAACAUGGCUACGUCACACCCCAUCUUGGCUGGCGCAUUGGCUGGAGGAUACUACCCCUUCCUGACCACGGACGCACACGUGCCAUCGUUCGCGCCUUGGGAGUUGAUGUUUGCCAAAUUCAUCUACUGGGUAGCAAUCCCAGCUGUCCAGCUAUUCAUAGGAGUUGCUUUCUUGGACACCUGGCAGUAUUUUCUCCACCGUCUCAUGCACAUGAACAAGUGGAUGUACACUACCUUCCACUCGCGUCACCAUCGUCUCUACGUGCCCUAUGCCUACGGCGCUCUGUACAACCACCCGUUUGAGGGCUUCCUGUUGGACACACUGGGCGCCGCCAUUGCUUUCAAAAUCGCCGGCAUGACCCUGCGUCAGGGCAUGUUCUUCUUCUGCUUCUCCUCGAUGAAGACCGUUGACGACCACUGCGGCUAUGCGUUCCCUUGGGACCCAUUGCAGGCUAUUACUAGCAACAAUGCUGCAUACCACGACAUCCACCACCAGACAUGGGGUAUCAAGACGAACUUUUCGCAGCCUUGGUUCACCUUCUGGGACGGCCUGCUCGGGACCAAGUACGAGGGCAAGCGGACAGACCGCUUGGCGGACAAGAAGCGCGAGCAGGAAAAGGCGGCGGCUAGGGCGAAAUGA